UAUUAUAACAAGCGUUUGUUGAUCAAUCACUGUCGCUGAAGCGCUUGUCGCCGCAUGAAUAAGGGAAAAAUGGCGAAUCAAAAGAUGGAUGUUGAUGAUGCCCCUCCACCAAACCAUGAGGGUAUAAAGCAAUACUAUGGUAGUAAAAUCGAAACAUUACAGCUUGUUGUAACAGAGAAGACACAAAAUUUAAGACGUCUUGAAGCGCAAAGAAAUGAACUUAAUGCCAAAGUACGCAUGUUGAGAGAGGAGUUACAGUUACUACAAGAGCAAGGGUCAUAUGUAGGUGAGGUGGUAAAGCCAAUGGAUAAAAAGAAAGUACUUGUAAAGGUACAUCCAGAGGGAAAAUUUGUGGUUGACUUGGACAAGAACAUUGAUAUUAAUGAUGUCACUCCAAACUGCCGAGUUGCCUUGAGAAAUGACAGCUAUACUUUACAUAAAAUUCUACCUAAUAAGGUUGAUCCGUUAGUGAGUCUCAUGAUGGUGGAGAAAGUACCGGACUCCACGUACGAGAUGGUCGGUGGUCUUGAUAAACAAAUAAAAGAGAUCAAAGAAGUCAUAGAACUGCCAGUUAAACAUCCUGAGUUGUUCGAAGCUUUAGGAAUUGCACAACCUAAGGGUGUAUUAUUAUAUGGUCCACCAGGCACGGGUAAAACUUUGUUAGCACGUGCAGUGGCUCAUCAUACAGAAUGUACGUUUAUUCGAGUAUCUGGAUCAGAGUUGGUACAGAAAUUUAUCGGGGAGGGAUCAAGAAUGGUUAGAGAGUUGUUCGUGAUGGCAAGAGAGCAUGCACCAUCUAUUAUAUUCAUGGAUGAGAUAGAUUCUAUAGGUUCUUCUAGAUUAGAGAGUGGAUCUGGUGGUGACAGUGAGGUGCAGAGAACUAUGUUAGAACUUCUCAAUCAGUUAGACGGAUUUGAACCAAAACAAAAUAUAAAGGUGAUAAUGGCAACAAAUAGAAUAGAUAUUUUGGAUUCUGCAUUAUUGCGACCAGGUAGAAUUGACAGAAAAAUUGAAUUCCCUCCACCGAAUGAAGAGGCUCGUUUGGAUAUUCUUAAGAUUCAUUCAAGAAAGAUGAACUUAACUAGAGGUAUAAAUCUCCGUAAGAUAGCUGAAAUGAUGCCGGGAGCUUCCGGGGCAGAGGUCAAGGGAGUGUGUACUGAGGCGGGUAUGUAUGCAUUGAGAGAAAGGCGUGUACAUGUCACUCAGGAGGACUUUGAACUUGCUGUUGCUAAGAUUAUGUUGAAGGAUUCAGAGAAGAAUUUCUCAAUCAAGAAACAAUGGAAGUAGACCUUUAGUUCUGUGAUCAUCAUUAACUUUCAUUCUCCAUGUAGUUCCAACAGCAACGAUUUUCUCAAAAGAUUUGUUUCGCUUUAUUGUCCAGUUACUUUAGCCCGAAUAGGCUUGGACACUAAAGGAUAAGGAAUCUAAAUUUGGAUUUAUAUAGUGCUGCAUUUUGGAAAGAUUUAUGAACUCUGCAUGACUUACAUUGAUAUUGAAUAUAAAAUCAAGCAUUCAAUAUUUUUUAUAUUAAAUGAUGCACAUAUUUCUUGGAUAUGAUGGCUGUAAGAAAAUCGAGUAGCCAGUUUCGAAGUAAAGCCAAUUUUCAUUUUUUAAAGAAAAUUGAUAGAAAAAUAUUUGAUAUUGCUAAUUAUAUCAGAAGAGGUUUUGUCUUAAGGUAAUAUAUACUUUAUGAUUGCACUUGAAUAGAUCAGCUUACAGAACCUUGAAAGUACUUUGCACAUGCCUGCUUAUGCCUGAAAUAAUGCACAAAGGGGCGUCCAAGGUCUUCCUCCAUUAGUAAAGCAAGAGAAAGUCGCCAAAUGACCUUCUCUUUGUUGGUGUGACUUUUGACCCAACCAACAAUAAAAAGAGAGAAGAAUUAUGAGAGUAUUUAAAACUAGAGUAUUUCUUGUGUUCAGUAAGCAUGACAGAGGUGUUGAACACAUAUCCUACUUGGAUUGCCUGUUUAUAUAUUUUUUUUAAGUGAAUUGGUCCAUAAUGGAAGGUUUAUAUUAUAAUACCAUAAAUAGUUAGGUUGAUAGUAUUAAGUAUGAUAACAACCAUGAAAAAAUUAUUUAAGAAUGUUGUUGGAAAAUCUGAGAUACAUGAUGGGAUAUUACGUAUUUAUUUAAAGCAGAUCAUAAAGUGUUCCAGAAGUAAAUAAUACUCUUCAUGAUGUAAAUGCCAAAUACUAUAUCACAUAGAAUAUUUAUCUAAAAAAAAUUUCCAAAAAAUAUUUUGUUAAAAUAUCCAAAUAGUACAUUUCUAUUGUUUCAAUCAUUAUGAAAACACUGUAAUGGAAAAUGUGCCCAUAGACCAAUCCACUUUAAUGAAUUUCACAUUCGAUUUUGUGGUAUCCAAAAAAGUAUAACUUGAAAAGCAAUCAAUUCCAGAGAAAAUUUUAAUAGAAACAAGAAAGUGAAGCAAACUGGAGAAAGGGAUCUUUUCUCCACAUAAAUAAAAUGAAUAUUUGAAUGAAUUAUGGCAUUCUUGGCAAUUGUAUAAUGAAGAAAAUAGGAAUUAUUGUAUAUAUUUUGGUUGAGAAGUAUAUUGCCUACAGGUGGUUAUUCAGUAAGGUGAAAAAAAAAUAAAGUGCUAAGUUAGUCAGUUCAUAAUCUUUCAAUGUUUUCAUUUCUUUUCAUUCAUAUUUUGAUGUAUAAUUUAUCAAAAAUAUUAAAUAAAAUAAAAAUUGGAAAAAAA